UGGUUUGUGAGAGAGGGGAAGACAGAGCCAGGGGUUGUAGGCAUGUAGAGAGUCAGACAGAGGAGGAUGAGUUCGUGAACAAUCUCGUCCACAUCUGGGAUUUGUGAAGCAGCCGUCGUGUGGUUGGUUGGUUAAUCCAGAGAUAGUGAAGCGGAAACGAGGCUAGCUGUUGUUUUUUUUUUUUCCUGACAGAAAUCAACAGGGUGAAAGCCGCCGUUUCUCCGACGAUGUUUUUCUUCUUCUUCUCUUGCAGCGGCGUUGAUCACAGCUAAAGAAUUCGUACGAAGGAUUUCAGAGGCCAGAAUCUAAACAACAGUCGUACAGAGCUGAGAUGAACGACGUGGAGCUGUGAUUGUUGUGGAGGCUCUCCUGGACACGCAGCCUGCUGAGUAAAACGGGCUGUAGCUACUGAACAAAGCUCAAACAGCAGGAAAACAGGCGUAGCUUGUUUGUCUGGGGGGGGGGGUUAACGUGGACAGACUGGGACAAAUUCUCAGAAGUCUGAGGUAACACGAGAAACAAAGGGAAUAAACCAAUCGUCUUGUACAACCCAACAACGGGGAUUUAUAUUUAGCAGGCUUUAGCAUAGACUCUGGCCAUGUUUUUACAGGAUGUAAACAAAUAACACAUCAUUUCUGGGAAAGGUAUUGAACUCUUAUUGUGAGGAGACAGAGAGGGGAAGGUCCAAAUGUGUUAUGUUUGUGUAAAAUUGUUGGGAGCUACACAUAACACAGCUGCAGUUGCUACCCAGCUUGUUGUUACAAAAUGUGUGUUGUUUUUACUCUGCGACUGAAGUAUGUAUUUAAGUAUGUCCAUCAAGAGAAUUCAGAUGAGACCAAACCAAAACAGACAACAGGUGGUUCCACCUCCGAAGACAAUCUCAAAGCGUUGAUGAACAGACAAGAGAGAGAAAACCUAUCAGUUGAGAGUUGUAAAUUCUAGAUGGUUUGAAUUUAUGUGACUUAUGUUGCCAUUUGCAUGACAGGCUCCUGUAGAUCAACCACGGCAUCAGUGACCUCUUAUUUCUUAAAGCUGGGUUUCACGAGAGGUGUCACUGGGAAGUAUUGCGGCAUGGAAAAUGUACAGCCAGUAGCUGCUACAACAAAGCAUAAUUGAUGUUGCAUGUAAUUAGUCACAGAGCCAUUUACUGACUGGUUUCAACAGUGGUGUAACACAUUGGUAUCCAUUGUUCAAAAAAGGGUAAGACAGUAUAUCUAAUACUUUUAUUAUAUUAGCUUACAGUACAUAUAUAUAUGUAUAUAUAUUGCCCUUUGACAGUUUUUUUCAAAUCAGCCUAAUAAGCCAGUGUUCCCUCCUGCCUUUUCCUUUUUUCAGUUGAUGGAUUUGGAAAUAAUGAAAAUAGAAAAUUACAAAUGGAUGAGGAGGAUUCAUUUAUCAACAGCUAUGUCUGAAUCCAGGAAACCAAGACUGACUGACUCUGAUCUGACUGGACGUGUGUGAGAUAAGGGAUGAGUUUUCUGGUGGUGUUUUGGUGCUUGAUCGAUGGAUUCACCUGUUAGCACAGCCCUGUGGGGCAGCAGUGCCAGCAACUACACAGCUGACAACUCUGGGCCAAGCUUCACCAACCAGCUGGGCACUGCCUCACCUGUUGUGCCAAGGGUUGUUUCCAUAGUGACCAGCCUUGUGACCACCACCACAGAGGCCACAGUGGGAGCCACAGGAAACCUAUCAGUGUUUAGAGACCAAAGAGGGAGUGAGCUCAGUCAGACCCAUCAGGCAUCGACCCCAUCUGUGCUGAGUGCCGCGGAGAGUAACUCUGUCCUGCAGGGCAUCACAGUGGCAGCUCAGGCCCUGGUGCUCCUCUCCAUCUUCCUUCUGUCCAGCCUCGGUAACUCGGCAGUCGUCAUCGUCAUCAUCAAACACAGACAGCUUCGAACGGUGACCAACGCUUUCAUCAUGUCACUGUCGCUGUCUGACUUCCUCACAGCUGUUCUAUGUCUGCCAUUCUCCUUUGUCAUGCUCUUCAGUAAGGACGGCAUCUGGAUGUUCGGGGAUCAUUUCUGUGUAGCCAAUGGCUUUUUCAACACUUGCUUUGGUAUCAUUUCCACCCUGACUAUGACUCUGAUCUCCUUUGACAGGUACUAUGCCAUAGUCAGACAGCCACAGGCUAAAAUAGGACGCCAGAAAGCAACUCAGUUGUUGAUAGCUGUGUGGUUAACGGCAGUCAUUUUCUCUUUACCUUGGUAUCUGUUAGUCCGAACACCUACAGAAAUCCAUAAGCGAGGUUUCUACCACUGUAUGUAUGUGUUCCAUUCUGGGACUUCACGCAUGGGGACAGCUUAUAGCAUCUGCCUUAUUGUUGUAUGUUAUUUACUGCCCUUCUCACUCAUGUGUUUUUGUCAUUAUAACAUCUGUAAGACAGUGCGGCUCUCAGAAAUCCGAGUCAGGCCUGUGACCACGUAUGCAUACCUACUUAGAUUUUACAGUGAAAUGCGAACAGCCACCACAGUUUUGAUUAUGAUUGUUUUUAUAAUUUUUUGUUGGGGGCCAUAUUGUUUAAUGGGGUUGGUCACAGCAAUGGGAGACUAUACGUUCAACCCUGCAAUGGACACGGUGGCUAUCUGGCUAGCCUGGGCAAAUGGAGCUAUCAACCCUCUGAUCUACGCUAUGAGGAACCCCAACAUAUCCAUGUUACUGGGACGGAGCAGAGAGGAGGGCUAUCGGACCAGAAAUAUUGCUGCGUACCUCUCCAGCCAAACCCAGAACCGUGAGAUUCGGAUUAACCAAGCAGAGAGGAUAAGAGACCGCUACGUGAGUCGCGUAGGGGUGAAUAAUAACAGCCGCCUGUCGAGUUCGAGUCCUGGUAAAGGAGGAGAGGUGGCAAUGUGGGCCUGUAAAAACCCUGCUGUGUUCUUCUGCAGGGAUGCCCAGCCUGAUACUGCAACACUACCCAACUCUGUCAGUGCUCGAAAGAUGAAGACAGCUGACACCAGCUUGUGACAUUGCAGAAGAAUUCUUAACCAUCUAAUAAUUUUAUUAAUCUUAUUUGUAUUUAUUGUGAUGGAUUUAGAGGCCACGGUCACCAGUUUGACAUUUUUGGAAAUACCUGACACCUGUCUCAUC